GAACCGGUGAAGCACCAAAAGCCCGGAUCUGAACUUUCCCCAAAAACUCGUUUCAUCUUCUCAAACGAACUCAUCGUCCAAUCCACCGAGAUUCUCCCGCUCGUCGAUACUUCUCCGAUGGACGUCUCGGGCCGAUUCUUGGGUCCCGCCUCCCCGUCCGAUCGCUCGCCCUCCUUCCCCUGCUCGUCCCAGCACGCCCACUCGGACGAGGACGUCGUGCUCGCCUCUAGCCAGCCGAAGAAGCGGGCCGGGCGGGUGGUGUUCAAGGAGACGCGCCACCCCGUGUACCGGGGUGUCCGCCGGCGGAACAAUGGCAAGUGGGUGUGCGAGCUCCGCGAGCCGAACAAGAAGUCGCGGAUAUGGCUCGGGACGUACCCGACACCGGAGAUGGCUGCGCGGGCCCACGACGUGGCCGCACUCGCCCUCCGCGGCAGGGCCGCGUGCCUCAACUUCGCCGACUCGGCGUGGCGGCUCCGCGUGCCUGCCUCGAGGGACGCGGCGGAGAUACAGAGGGCGGCAGCGGAGGCGGCAAGGGCGUUCGGCGGGGAGGAGGCGACAGCAGAGGAGGAGGACGAGGCCGAGGGGGUGGCCGGCGGCGGAGAGGUCGGCACGAAGGAUUCCGCCGAAGUCGACGGAGGCAGCAACGUGUUCAUGAACAGUUUAAGCUCGCCGGAGAACCUGUUUUGUAUGGACGAAGAGGCGGUGUUUGGCUCGGAUUACGACUAUUCGGAGCGGUGGAUGCAAGGGCCGCUGCUAUCUCCGCCGCCUCCGCCAGCGGAGAGGCUUAACCUGAACUGGGAAGAGAUGGAAAAUGAUCAAACGGAUAUGUGUUUGUGGAGUUACUCCAUAUAAGCGAGAGAGUAUGGUCAAGAUGGCGUGCCUUUCCGGAAACUCCGUUUAAAUUGGAUUCCGGGAUUUUAUAUUUUAAUGUUUUUAAGGAAAUUGACGGAAUUGGAAUAGCAAGGAUAGGAAAAAACCAGUUUGGGAAAAACGAAAAACCGGGUAUGUUUGGGUGUGAGAGAAAUGGCAGACGUGGCAAGACUUUUUGUUGU